AUGCGUCAUUCUGGCAGCGAAGCCGGAGACGACACGGGAGGACAGCUGUGCGGGGUCACGGGGAGAGUGCCCCGGCUGCGGGGCGUUUGGUGGGCCAGGGGCCGUGUGCUGCAGGUGGAGGAAGAGGCGGUGCCCCCUCCGACGCCUCUGAAGUGUGGGGCGGGCCCUGGGGAGCGGCACAGCCGGUCCACCUCUCUGGGCAACCCCCGUUUUGUGGUGGCCAGAGAAGCCAAGGGCCUGCGCUGGCGCCCCGUGCGGGUCCUUAAGAAAGCAAAGCUGCAGGGGCCGCCAGAUAAAUUCAAUACCUACGUCACGCUGAAGGUGCAAAAUGUGAAGAGCACGACGGUCGCCGUCCGCGGGGACCUGCCCUGCUGGGAGCAAGACUUCCUCUUCGAGAUCAGCCGCUUGGACCUGGGCCUGAUUGUGGAGGUGUGGAACAAGGGGCUCAUCUGGGACACCAUGGUCGGGACGGCAUGGAUCGCCCUGCAGGCCGUUCGGCAGUCGGACGAGGAAGGGCCCGGCGAGUGGUGCCCGCUGGAGGCGGAGGUCGUGAUGAAGGGCCAGGAGGUCUGCGGCACCAAGACGCCCACGCCGCACAAGAUUCUCUUGGAUGCGAGAUUUGAGCUUCCGUUCGACAUUCCGGAAGAGGAGGCCAAAUACUGGACCAGGAAGCUGAAGCAGAUAAACUCCCUGGAGGAGGAGGAGGAGGAGGAAGAGGAGGAGGAGCGCUCCCUCAGCGAAGACGCCCAGAAGGAACCGCUGCCCACCGCUGCCGCCCAGUGUUCUGCGCGAUGCUUGGAAGCGCUGGCUCGAGAGCGUGCUCUCGUCCAAAGCGUGGCUCGGAGGACCGGAGAAAUGCGGGUCCGGACGCACCACCGCGAUCCAAAAUGCUCGUGUGAGAGGCCGAGCCGGGGGCGGGAGCUGAAAUCCAGCAGGGCCCAGGGGGCCGCGCUGGCUGGCUGGAGCGAGAGCAGGGAGUGCCUGGCGGCCGACUGGAUUCCCGGGCACGUGCCCAUGCUGAAUAUCGGAAAAGCAGAUUUGGAGAAGCGGCUCAAAAGCAGGCGCGCCCCAGCAAAGCGGCAGCGGACCCUCUGCGUGAUGGCAGACGCCCCGUGCCGCGUGCAAAUGCUUCGGCAAAAGAAGCGCCUCUCGUCCCGCCCGCUCCUCCGAUGCGGCAUGGCAUGUGAGGGUGAGCCGGGAGGCAGCUGUCCCGGGGCCAAGCAGGUUGCUCUUCCCACGGCCCCGGUCCCACGCAGGCCGGGGCUCACGGGGCAGCAGCAGCAGCUGGGGGGCAGCCCCGAAGCGGAGGUGGCCGGCGGCCACGUCCAGCUGCAUUUCCAGUUUGCCCCACAGCAGGCCGCCUCGCCGUGGUGGGAGCCAGGUGGCCUGGAGGCCCGCUCGGACGUGCGCGUAGCCCAUGUCAAAGCCACCGCCACCGCCACGGAGCUCCAGCGGUGUGGCCAGAGGGGGCCGGGCCCCGCUGCGCUGGGAGGAAGCUUGGGCCUGGCCGCCCAGCCUUCCUCGCAGGGCCCUUUCCCACCUCGUUCGGGGGCAGAGUCCCCUGAACGGCCCAGAGGUGCCCUGGGGAGCGGCAAGCAGCUUGGGAGCACGGCUCUGGCCCGGUGCGGGGGAAAGCCCGGCCUUCCUUCGCCCGCCUGGGAGGCCAGGCAUGGCAGCCGGCCGGGUUGCCUCGAGCGGGGCGUGUGGGCAGCGUGUCCCGCCGUGGCCGGAGGCCUGGAGGGGCGUCUGCGCGCUUCCUCGCACCUGUGGGUCGAGGCUGAGGGCCGCAUUCUGCCCGGUCCCUUGCUGUCUGCGCAGGAGUGCUGGGCCUUGGCAUCCUGCGGAGUGGGAGCUCUUGCCGCUUCCAGCGUGGACAGUGGAACUUCUCCUGAGGAGCCCAUCCGAGCCUGCGAAGACCGCGAGAGCCCUGCGGACGACCGGGACAGCGACUGCCGCAGCGAGGCCAGCAGCGGGGCGCCCCCUCCGCCCCGCCCCGCCGCCGCGCAGCCCCGGGCCUCGGCGCUCCCGUUCCCGGCGGCCUCCCGCCUGCAGCAGCAGGGCGUCCGCCGAGGCGCCUACGAGGAGCCCGUUCAGGGCUGCGAUCCGGCCUGCCGCGAGAGGACGGCCAUCAGAAGAUGCGAUAGCUUAGACUCCACCGUGAGUGGCCGGACUGACCUGGACUCUUCCUCGCGGUCUAGUCGCGUGACGAGCCGCCAGCUGUCCCUGGAAAGCCGGCACUCGCUGGAGUGGUCGGAUAGCUCUUUUUUCACCCACCUUGCUCUUUCCUUUUUCUCUUUGCCCUUCUGUCCUUUUCACACUUUUUUCUCCGCAUGUAUCAGACAAGGACCUUUAGUUAGCGAUGGAAGAGUCAGAAUCAUUCCGUUUGAGUAUGAUCUUGGCCGAGGAGAGUCUGAUGAGGACUGUGAGGAAUUAGGCAAGCAAUUAAUAGAAGAAUUCUUGGAACAAAGUCAUAGGACGAGAACGUGGCAGGAGCGGAAGAGCUCCGGGCUCUGCGCACAGCAGCGCUUGGGCCACCACGACCGAUCGAGGGUCGCCCGGAAGCUUUGCACAGAAACGGGGAAUGUGGGCGUCCCCUGCUAUCCAGAGGAAUAUGACACAAUCGAUCGGAGAAGGAAAAAGAAGCUAAGGUACAACAACUUCGAAGAGUGCGAACUCACAAGGCCACACAGCAGAGGAAACCUGCAGCCGCCCCGCGAGACCGUCGGUUCUUCAGAUGCCAUUCAGACAAGAAUGGGACAUAAUAUUUGUCCCGAUUAUGAAGAAACGGAGAGACGCAGGAACGGUGGCAUGGGAAGCGAAGAAUGCUUCGUGGCGUGUCCGUUCUUGCGUCCUUACAAGGAUGGCUUUGUCGUCAAGAGUGGCUCGUUGCUGGUGGGCCAACAGGCGGCCCGUGCCGCCAGAUCCGCUCCCUUUGGAGGUGACGGAGGGAUGCGCCCAGUACCUCCGCCGGGCGUUCUGGAGGAGUUCGACAGCAGCGCCUCCGAGGACCUCCAGUGCUCUCCCGCUUCAGACAAUGACGACACGGAGAUCGUGCUGUUCUCCCAGGCCUGGCGCGAGUCGCGCGCUUGCCGGGCCGGGGGCACCCCUCCCGGAAGUGCCGUGCCCCUGUUCCCGAGGGAGAAGACUCUGCCCCGGCUGCAGGGCCAGCCCAGGCUGGAUGCGGCGCUCUCCCCCGUCGAGGAGCCGGCCGAGGAGUACGUGGACGCAAUGGGAGAGCUGCAGUGCCUGGUGGAGACCGUCUCUGAGUACUUAGCGGAGAAGGAGGAGGAGAUCAGCAAGUUUGGCUCCCUCCCCAAAAGUGAGAGGGCGGCCGAGGGCUCGCCCCCGAGGCAGGCCGGGUCCGAGAGGCAGGUGGAGGAGCGUGGCCCUUCGGAGGCGACCACAGAGGGCAGCGGGGAUGGCAAAGGUGUGCCGGAGGCCCUGCCGGGGUUGCUUGGCGUCAGGAGCACCGUGAGCUCCUUCUUCGGCUCGCUCACUGAAAAGGUGGGCUCGGGCACGAAGAAUUUAGCCUCCUCCGUCGAGAAGCUUGUGUCCUCCGCUCCAGAGAAACCGGACGCCCUGGGCCAGCCUGAGGAAGGCACAGCAAAUCAGUUCUCAGGCAGCCCCAGGCCAGAUAGCGUCUUGCUGGAAGGAAAGGCAGAAAGCACACCUGGCGCGACAUCCUCUUCCUCGGCCCAGAAUCGCUCUGCAAGAGGAGCCGGCCCGGCCGCCCCAGAGGGCACCGGCCGUGAGGACAAGGCUGCCGCUGCCCCCACCGCCCAGGAUCCUUCGGCCACCAGUGCGCAAAGGCAGUCCUCCUUUCAGAAUCCAGCUUCGGUUGUGAACUCGGUCUUGGGCAUGUUCAACCCAUUAAACGUCUUCUCUGAAAAAGAAGCGCCACAGAGAGAGAGCUCAAAGUCCGAGGGCUCCAUUAAGCCCGAGGCCUCGCCCGCCGGUGUUUGCGAAGGCCAAGCAGGCGAGAAGCCGCAUGAAGACGGCCCAAAAUCUGCAAAUGCAGCUCCUGAACUGAGCAAGAGCGAGGCGGAAGCCGGCCCAAGCAGCGGUGCCGUGUCCUCAAUCUUUGGUAAAUUGUCAAGCUCAGUCAGUUCUUUUAGCCUGAAAGCCAGUUUUGAGAGCUUGGCAGUUCCCAAACAGUCUGCUGGGCCACCGAAGGCUCCCCUUGUGCCUCCCAUCUCAAAGCAGCCCGAUAAAAUUGUUGAACAGCGUCCCGAAAUCCAGCCCCAUCCCGCGAGAAAGCCAACGGAAAACAGGCCAAGUGGCGGGCCCAAGGGGGCUGACGCACAGCCACCAGACGCGGGGGAAUCAUUUCCUAGCUUCUUUAGUCCACUAAAGAAAUCUUUUAGCCAGUUGCUGAUUCCUUCCACUCCUGAAUCUGCUCCAAAAGAGGGGCAGCAGGCAGGCCUGGGAAGAAGCCACCAGUCUGAAGACGACGUCCGGACAGCCUCCUCCACAGACACGGAGAGCAGUUUCUCCCUUGCUCACAAGCUCCAGAUUCCCUUUUUGAGCAGCUUUAGCCUUGCAGACAGACGGCAGGAGAGCAAAGAAAAGGGAGGCGUUUUCACCUCGUUCCUGAAAGUUGCUUCUGCUGAAAACGUGGCAGCUUCGAAAGAUCAACCUGGCAGGCCGAGCUUUGCGGACAGACCGCUCGAUGCUGACGAGGGGCACAAAAGCAGCCACCCGGGGGCGAUCGGGACCAGCUCGCCAAAGCCUCCUCCAGUUCCAGAAGGGCCUUCGAGCCAGGAGGCGCCGAAGAAGGAAAGGGAUGCUGCUGGCGUUAAUGGCUCGUGUGUGCCAGGAAGUGGAAAUAAAACUGCAGUUGCUUUAGACUCUUCAAAGGUUAUGCACACAGAACACGGACCCGAUCGCCUGAGCGCCAGUGAGGAGGCCAAGGAUGGGGGUGCCGAGGCAGCGGCCACGCCGCAAGCGCCUGGCUUGAAUGCUAAGGCAGAAGAAGCUGGGCCUGCUAGCGGCAUCAAGGAGGACAAGAUGGUGGACCCAACUCAGAAGAAGGCCACGCCGCAAGGCCUGCUUUCGGGACUUUUUCGGCAGUCUUCCUCUGACCGUCUGGCCCACGUUAAACAUGAAGCAGAUGAUCAAAAGAGCAGCACGCCUGGCCUGCUUUCUGGAUUGUUCAAAUUUUCUUCGAGUGAAAAUGUGUCUGAAUGCAAGCCAGAUAAAACGAAAACACACUCUCUUGGCAGCAUAAUGAGGAUCUUUGAAAGGGGUGAGGAGACCGUUUCUGGUGACAAAUCUGGUGGCUCCGAAGAGUCUCCCAGGCCCCAGGCAAGCGCUGGGGAGAAACAGGAGACCGGUGGCUUCCUAAGGAACCUAAUGCUUAAGCCAAAAGAAAAAGUAGAGGAGAAGGCGGUGGAGGCCUCUGGCCGGCCGAACGACCACGGGCCCAGCACCGACGGCAGGCUCAGCGAGCAUGUCCCUUUCCACCGGCGCUCCGUCUCCCAGAAUUUCCUGAGUUCCCAGUCAAACGUACAAGACUUAUCAGGGAGACCAACCCUGUAUAGACGAGAAACAGAUUCCAACAUUUAUCAAACUGCUCUCAGUGAAAGAGCCAGUGAAUCGCUCAGUUCUUCUUCCCUCGCCGCUAAGCUGUAUGGCCCGCCGCAUGCUUUUGAGGAGAGCAGGAGCCAUUCCAGCUUUGAUUGGGACUAUGGCGCCGGAGGAUUCUCCCCGCAUCCCUUCCAGGUUUCCUUGCCAGUGUACUAUGUCUUAAACCAGAACUCCACCCGACUGGCUGAAUUUCUGGACUGGCCAGAAUCCAGUGACACAGUGAUGAAUUUGUGUAAAAAAGAUGGAAACGCAAAUGUGAUCAGCUGGAAGUCGGAUGCAAAUUUCGAUGCACACAGCACAGAUUUAAGCGUCACGUCGUAUGAUUCAUUUGAUCAACUACACUUCCAAGAUUUAUGCCCAGAGGAAAACGAGCUGUGGGCUCCUCAGCUGAACGGAGACCUUUCUCCCUUUGAAUGCAGCUACGCUUUGGAAGAGAUGCCCAUGGACCUGAGCUAUUCAUCUGCUUGCGACGGGAAUGUGUGGGCCCUGAUUGACCACGACACCCUGAGUGUGGACGGAAGCCUUCUUGGCUCGUCGUACAGCCAGGAGUACCAGGACUGGCUGAUGCUGCUUCAGCAUGGCAUGUGGUGGCCGUCCGAGGACGGCGACUGCGGGCACUACCUGUACAGCGAUGGUCAGUACGUCUAUUCGCUCCUCACGGACCCCACUGGACAGUACGUGUACGUGUGCGCUCCAGACACACCCGCUCACCCAGACUAUUGGGACCACAACUGCCUCAUCUUGGAAGACAGCCCGAUUGCCGUCUGCGGCUUCAAAGUUCCUCUUGAUAAUGAAGACGAGUUGUUCUGGUUUGCCGAAGAGGAGCAGCUGGAUAAUUACUCUGUAAGCAAGCCACUGGAUUUGUCUGUCGCUCUGCAAAGGAGCGAUCAGCUUAUGAACAUGAACUUGGAGACCUUCUCACAAAUGUUUGAGGAGUCCAUUUAUUCCCAGCGAGAGCAGCCUUUGGACUUUUCGGGGUACAGGCUUCAAAAACUCAAGGUCGACCUCAGACCUGAGAGAGAGCCAGAGUGGCACUCGGGAGAGCCCCCGCUGACCCUGGACCUGAGGGUGCCCUCCAGAGCAUCGUCUGCGGGCAGGUCGAGGGAGGACGUCCAGCCCACGCAGCCCGACAGAGCCCCUGCUGCAGCGCUCCGUGAAAGCAGGUCGUUGGGGCAGCUGGACCCCCAGACCUUCCCCGCAUCUCCUAAGCCUGACCUUCCGUUAGGACCUCAAAGCGCAACAGAAAUCAAAACAUCUGAAGAUAAAAAGCCACCAGUGAACAAAGUCACGUCUUUGUUUUCUGCUUUGGGUGGCUUGAUUGGAAAGGGUUCGGAUGGGCACAAGCCUCCAGAAGAUGAGGCUACAAAGAAGGUCGACACUUGCCCGGAAGUGCUGGGACACAGAAAUGAAGCUCUUUCGGCAACACCCCCUAGGAAAAUGGGGGCGGAUGCUCAGAACUCUCAGCACAUGUUUGCUGAGCGCAAAUCAGUGGUAAAAGAUUCAGACGGGUUCGGUCAGUUAGACUCUGUUGGGAAAGAAAAGCCGGUGAUUUCUCCAAGUGCUCCCCAGAAAGGGGUGCCACUGGCCAAGUCUCCCCCUCUGCUGAGCCAGGGCCCCGCUCCGAGCCGUGCUGCCCAGCUGAGCGAACGUGCCGAGCCGGCUCCCCCCGCAGGGCAGCAGGGGCCCCGGGCGGGCGUGGAGCAGCCCAGGAGAAGCCCGCCAGUCCCCAGCCAGUCGUCCUCAGAGGCCGAGGGCACGUUGUUCAAAAGCGCCCUGAAGAUGUUCAGCCUGGGAGAAGACUCCUCCACAGCCGCGGCAUCGGGUAAAAGCCAAGCUUCCGGAUUCUUUGAUUUCUUCAAAACACAGGUAAACAAAGCACCCGAGGCAUCGCCGUCGCCGCAGCCAAAUUUGGUGAAAGAUGAAAGGCAGAAGGAGGCGUCUCAGGAGAAGGCGGAGCCCGCAAGCAUCUCAUCCUUCUUUGGCUCCCUGGGGGAUCUUUUCAAGGCUGACGCAGCACCUUCCCCGCCAAAGGGGGGCGCCGCCGUCCCACCAAAGAGUGGGAGCCAGACCUCCUUGGGAACCCAGGAGAGAACCGACCCACAUGGCAGAGGGAGCGCGAAGAGCGCCGCGCCUGCUUCACGAGCCCCGGGGCUGCAGGCUGGUGCAGAAGCUGGCAAGACGCCCGGAGCUCCUGAUGAGGAGCCGCGCGGGAAAACGGGCAGGGGCCCUGCGGAAGCGAAGGCAAGCCCCCUCGGCAGUGCAGAGCACACGCCCCCCGUGCAUGCCCGGGAGAAACCCUCGGCGCGGCGUCCUGCUGGAACGGCUGCUCCUUCAGGAAAGCCAGCCGGGAGCCGCGCGGGAGCCGUGCCUGAGCAGACGCGGCUGGGCAAGGCCGACCAGCCUCCCCGGGAGACUGGCUUCGGCCUGCCCUUGGGCUUCCUACGGGCUGCCCCUUCCAAGCCUCAGCCCGCACAGCAGCCAUCCAGCCGGGGCAUCCUCUCUUUCUUCACUGCCUCAGAGAACCCGCCGGCGCCCACCCCUUCUUCGGCAGCUCCUAACGCCAGGCCCCCCGAAGCCGAAGGUCUGUUCAAGAUCCCCUCUUUUCUGUCGGGGGGACCCACUGCAAAGAAGCCCGUGCCGCAAAGUAGCUCCAGCUUCAGCUUUUUCAAUCUGACCUCCUUUUUGGAUGAAAAGCCACCAGCCCCUCCUGAGAAAGGUAGCCGUGCACAGCCGCCUCCGCAGCAGGCGAACAGCCGUGCACAGCCGCCUCCGCAGCAGGCAAAUGUGGCGCCGCCUGUGCAGCAAGGGGUGUCUGUGAACUCCGGCACGGGAGCCGCCAAACAGCAGGGCCUGGCCGAAGAGGAGCCCGUGGCCAGCCUUGGGGAGGCCCCGCGUCCUCAGCCGGAGGGCGAUGGCCAGCAGGGCAAGGACAGUGACGCAGAGGCCCUUCCUGUCCCGCACGUGGUGGAAGGGGAUCCAGAAGCAGCCGGCGAGGGAGAAGCGCCGCCUGGGGAGGGUGCGGGUAGGGAAGAGGGGCCUGUGCGCCCCGAACCCGCCCUCGCCGUGCCUGAGCCGCAGGAGGGCUGCGGGGCCUUGCCCGAGGAGAGCCCCGAGGCCCCGGAACAGCCGCAGGAGGGCCCGGCGGAGCGGGAGGACCUUGCGCCAGCCGCCCAGCAGCAAGCGGCUCCUGCGGGCACAGGGGAGGCGCCGGGAGGCAAGGGGCCCAGCCCGGGUCUCGGCCCGGCCCCUGUGGAGCAGGCGGUGGCGGCCGCGGGGGCCGGAGACGUCCCGCAAGCGUCACUCCCUGAAGGAAGGCCACACGCGCCGCGGGCACAGCUGGCCGAUCACAUGCCCCCCAGAGCCGCUGUGCAGCAGGCUCCGGGGCAGGGACCCCCACCCAAAAUGCCGGCAGCAUCGCGCCCGCGGGAGAAGCCCGGGGAACCCACGGGGGACAAGUCGGUUCUGGAUAGCUCGGUGGAGAUGCUUUCCAGCUUCAUGACGAAGAUGAAGCCCAGUAGCUCUCUGUCCGGCUUCUUCUCCCCCACGCAAGCCCCGGCAGCUCCGGACGUCUCCAGGGCACAGAAGAAAAGCACAUUUUUUGGCUUGUCCUCUCUGCCGAGUGGGCCCACCCCAACCUUUUCCGGCGAUCUUUUUGGCCUGUUCAAAGGGGCGGCGGCAGAGGCUCCUUCAAAGCCGGCAGGGCCGCCCAAGCCUCAGGGCGCUGGCCCCAGAGCCAAGGGGGCCGGGGGGCAGCUCCCGGAGGAAGGCUCCGCAGGGCAGGGCCAGGGCAAGGGAGCCCAACCGCAGGAGGCCCCGGAACCGCGAAAGCCGCCAUCUGGAGGCGAGCUGUUGGGGACAGGCGCCGGCAGUGUCCCGGCACACGGGGACUCCACAGGCCGGGCGGAAGAGGGCUCGGCAGAAGGCUCCGUGGCGAGGGCGGACAUCGACGCGCACGAAGAACCGGCUCCCGGUCAAGAGCCGCCAGCGCAUUCUCCAGAAACAGCCGUCCUUGGUGCAGCGCAUGACUCUGGAACGCCCCAGCCGGACGCUGACGGGCAGACCUCCGAUGGAGGGGCGAGUGUGCGCCCGAGCAGUCAGGCGGAGGGUGGUGCGUCCGAGGCAGAACCGCCGGAGAAGUGUGAGGUCCACGAGGAGACUUCAGGGGAGCAGGCUGCUGCCCCUGCGGCCGCGGCUGUGACGGGAGAGCAGCCAGGCCUGGAAGAGGGAGCCGGCGUCGCUGUCGGCCAGCCAGAUGCGACCGUAGUGCCUGAGCUCGCUGACAAGGCAGAGGAGCUCGUGCGCCAGGCCGACGUGGGUGAACAGGGAGCUCUGAGCAAGGAGGCAGAUGUGGAGGCUCGGGCGCCAGAUGCCGUUGACGUCCUGGAAGAGCGGCCCCAAACAGCCGCAGCUGAGGCCUGCAGUGUGCCGCCCGAAGACGGGGAAGGUGCCCCUGAAGCGGAUGCCGCCCCAGCAGAGCCGAAAGAGCCGGUGGCAGGCGGGGAAGCAGCCCCAGAGGGCAGUGCGCCGAAGAGUGGCUCAGGCCGGGAGCAUGGGCUGGCCAGCGCCCCCGGGGAUGCCGGCAGCGCCAAGCCCCUCUUUGAAAUCCCAAGCCUUCCGGCGUUGCCAAAGUUCAGCUUCGUGCCUUCCUCAGAGAGUGGGAAGCCGCUCGGCUCCUUCUUCUCCUCGUUGCCACGGCCGCCUUUGGCGAGCAAGGCUGCAGCCGAGCCCGGCCUCGUGUCCGGCUUCAACAAGUUCUCCUCGACACUGUUUGGCGGGGGAGGCAGCGAGAGGGCCGGCAGAGCGGAGAGCGCCCCAGGGGCCGUGUUCGGGCGGAAGCUGGACUUCUCAUUUCCAUGGCAGAAGGACACCAAGGAGGAGGGUGCCAAGAAGGAACUGGACGCACCGCCGGCAACUUCCUCUGGACAUGCCGGGCCAUCGGAGGCUCUGUCCAGACCCGAUUCCAAGCCACCAGAGGCUGCGUCCGGAGCUGAGGAGCAGGUACCGGAGGUGGCCGAGGGCGAGUGCAGGACCGUCUCGGCUGAUCAGCCUGCCGGCCACGCUGCGGAGGCAGGGCAGUCCUCCGAGCGGCCUGGCCACGACAGCGAGGAGGGCCCCGAUGGCCCUGCGCCCGCCAUCUCCGUCGAGCCUGGCAGGGAGCUGGAGGAGGGCACCUCCGAGGCAUCGGAAGGCGAGCCUGGCGCGGCUUGCAGUGGCCCCCCUGCCCCCCCUGUGGAAGAACCGGGAGCAGGGGUAGCCCCAACCCAGGAGGAGCAUGCCCCUUGCGCAGAAGCGGAAGCGUCUGCUCCGGAGCCGCGGCCCGAGGAGAGGAGCAGCACAGAGCGCCCCGAGAGAAAAAGGCCAGUAGCCGCACGGCAUAAUAAACGGGCUGCCUUCCUGCCGUUUAUUAUGCGGGUGCCGGAGCAGCUGGUGGCCGGCUCCUCCGUGGCGCGUAGCAUCCGUAGCACCUGCAGCCAGGACAGCUCUCAGCUGAGCGAGCCGGACCACAACCGCGACCACGGGAGCGUGCCUGACUCCGAGCACGAGGAUGAGCUCCCGGAAGCCCUUUCCGCGGCUCCUCUCGAGAGGGAGGGCCGGGGGUCCUCUGGUGGACCACCGCACGACUCCAGGGCGGAGCGGACGCCCGGCAGAGCAGAGGCGGCGCCCCCGGCCGAGCGGGAGGAGGAGGAGGAGGAGGAGCAGGCCCCGUCGCUGCCGCCUGCAGUGGCCGAGGGGCCCGGCCCCGUGGCCGUGGGGCCGGCAGACAGGCACCCCGAGGACAGUGAGCCACUGCCGCUGCUCCCUGCGAGGACCCGCUGGAUCCAGGCCAUCAGCAAAGUGCGGCUGCGCCUGCAGGAGGGGCAGGACGAUGGCGAUCCGGCAAAGUCACCGUGGCUCAAAGGGGGGCCGGCGGGCGGCCUCUACGGCAUCGACAGCAUGCCCGACCUGCGCAAGAAGAAGCCCGUCCCGCUCGUCAGCGACUUGUCACUGGUCCAGUCCCGCAAAGCUGGAAUCACCUCGGCGAUGGCCACCCGGACCUCUCUCAAGGACGAGGAACUGAAGUCGCACGUGUACCGGAAGACGCUGCAGGCGCUGAUCUACCCCAUCUCCUGCACCACGCCCCACAACUUCGAGGUGUGGACGGCCACCACCCCCACCUACUGCUACGAGUGCGAGGGGCUGCUGUGGGGCAUCGCGCGGCAGGGCAUGCGCUGCGCCGAGUGUGGCGUCAAGUGUCACGAGAAGUGCCAGGACCUGCUGAACGCCGACUGCCUGCAGAGAGCGGCGGAGAAGAGCUCCAAGCACGGGGCCGAGGACCGCACGCAGAGCCUCAUCAUGGCCAUGAAGGACCGCAUGAAGAUCCGCGAGAGGAACAAGCCGGAGAUCUUCGACCUGAUCCAGGAGGUCUUCAGCGAGAGCAAGACGAGCCACUUGCAGCAGAUGAAGACGGUGAAGCAGAGCGUCCUGGACGGGACGUCCAAGUGGUCGGCCAAGAUCACCAUCACAGUGCUGUGCGCUCAGGGCCUGCAGGCCAAGGACAAAACGGGCUCCAGCGACCCCUACGUGACUGUCCAGGUGGGCAAGACAAAGAAGCGGACAAAAACCAUCUUUGGGAAUCUGAAUCCCGUCUGGGAGGAGAAGUUCCACUUCGAGUGCCACAACUCCUCGGACCGCAUCAAGGUGCGCGUCUGGGACGAGGACGACGACAUCAAGUCCCGCGUCAAGCAGAGGCUGAAGCGCGAGUCCGAUGACUUCCUGGGGCAAACCAUCAUCGAGGUGCGGACGCUGAGCGGCGAGAUGGACGUCUGGUACAACCUGGAGAAAAGGACCGACAAGUCGGCCGUGUCGGGCGCCAUCCGCCUGCAGAUCAGCGUGGAGAUCAAAGGGGAGGAGAAGGUGGCCCCCUACCACGUCCAGUACACCUGCCUGCACGAGAACGUUUUCCACCACCUGACGGACGUUCAGGGGAACGGGGUGGUGAAGAUCCCAGACGCCAAAGGGGACGAUGCCUGGAAGGUGUACUUUGACGAGACGGGCCAGGAGAUUGUGGAUGAGUUUGCCAUGCGCUACGGGAUCGAGUCCAUCUACCAGGCCAUGACGCACUUUGCGUGUCUCUCCUCCAAGUACAUGUGCCCCGGCGUGCCGGCCGUGAUGAGCACCCUGCUGGCCAACAUCAACGCCUACUUCGCCCACACCACCGCCUCCACCCACGUCUCCGCCUCGGACCGCUUCUCCGCCUCCAACUUUGGGAAAGAGCGGUUCGUUAAACUCCUGGACCAGCUGCACAAUUCUCUCCGAAUUGACCUGUCCAUGUACAGGAACAACUUCCCAGCCAGCAGCCGGGAGCGCCUGCAGGACCUGAAAUCCACGGUGGACCUGCUGACCAGCAUCACCUUCUUCCGGAUGAAGGUGCAGGAGCUGCAGAGCCCCCCCCGGGCCAGCCAGGUGGUGAAGGACUGCGUCAAGGCCUGCCUCAACUCGACCUACGAGUACAUCUUCAACAAUUGCCAGGAGCUGUACAGUCGCGAAUACCAGGCAGACCCCAACAAGGCGCCGGAAGUGGCCCCGGAGGAGCAGGGCCCCAGCAUCAAGAACCUGGACUUCUGGCCCAAGCUCAUCACCCUGAUCGUCUCCAUCGUCGAGGAGGACAAGAACUCCUACGCCCCCGUCCUGAACCAGUUUCCUCAGGAACUCGCGGUCGGGAAGGUCAGCGCCGAAGUCAUGUGGAACCUCUUUGCUCAGGACAUGAAGUACGCCAUGGAAGAGCACGAGAAGCACCGGCUGUGCAAGAGCGCCGACUACAUGAACCUGCACUUCAAGGUGAAGUGGCUGUACAACGAGUACGUCUGCGGCCUGCCAGCCUUCAAGGGGACGGUGCCCGAGUACCCCGCCUGGUUCGAGCAGUUCGUGAUGCAGUGGCUGGAUGAGAACGAGGCCGUGUCCCUGGAGUUCCUGCACGGCGCCCUGCAGAGGGACAAGAAGGACGGGUUCCAGCAGACCUCUGAGCACGCGCUCUUUUCCUGCUCGGUGGUGGACGUCUUCACCCAGCUCAACCAGAGCUUUGAGAUCAUCAAGAAGCUGGAGUGCCCCGACCCGGCCAUCGUGGCCUGCUACAUGCGGCGCUUUGCCAAGACCAUCGGGAAGGUGCUGAUGCGGUACGCCGACAUCGUCUGCCGGGACUUCCAGGCCUCCUGCGCCAAGGAGAAGGUGCCCUGCAUCCUGAUGAACAACAUCCAGCAGCUCAGGGUGCAGCUGGAGAAGAUGUUCGAGGCCAUGGGUGCAAAGGAGUUGGACGCCGAGGCCAGCGACGCCCUCAAGGAGCUGCAGGUGAAGCUCAACAGCGUCCUGGACGAGCUCAGCGCCAUGUUUGGGGACAGCUUCCAGGCCCGGAUCGAGGAGUGUGUCCGGCAGAUGUCCGACAUCCUGUGCCAGGUGAAAGGGGCGGGAAACGCCCCCCCGAACGCCGUGGCGCAAGACGCGGACAACGUCCUCCGGCCCCUGAUGGACUUCCUGGACGGCAACCUGACGCUCUUCGCCGACGUGUGUGAGAAGACGGUGCUCAAGCGGGUGCUGAAGGACCUCUGGCGGGUGGUCAUGAACUCGCUGGAGCGGAUCAUCGUGCUGCCACCCCUCUCGGACCAUACGGGGACCCAGCUGAUUUUCAGUGCCGCCAAAGAACUGGGACAUUUAUCCAAGCUGAAGGACCACAUGGUCCGGGAGGAGACGCGGAGCCUCACCCCGAAGCAGUGCGCCGUGCUGGAGCUGUCGCUGGACACGAUCAAGCAAUACUUCCACGCUGGCGGAAACGGCCUGAAGAAGGCCUUCCUGGAGAAGAGUGCGGACCUGCAGUCGCUGCGCUACGCCCUGUCCCUCUACACGCAGACCACCGACACGCUCAUCAAGACCUUCGUGCAGACGCAGACGGCGCAAGGCUCAGGUGUGGACGACCCCGUGGGCGAAGUGUCCGUUCAGAUCGACCUCUACACGCACCCGGGCACCGGGGAGCACAAGGUCACCGUGAAAGUGGUGGCCGCCAACGACCUGAAGUGGCAGACCUCGGGCAUGUUCCGGCCCUUCGCGGAGGUGACCAUGAUCGGCCCGCACCAGAGCGACAAGAGGCGCCGCUUCGCCACCAAGUCCAAGAGCAACACCUGGGCGCCCAAGUACAACGAGACCUUCCACUUCAUCCUGGGCAACGAGGACGGGCCCGACGCCUACGAGCUGCAGCUGUGCGUGAAGGACUACUGCUUCGCCCGCGAGGACCGCGUGCUGGGCAUCGCCGUGGUGCAGCUCCGGGACGUGGCCGACAAGGGUAGCUGCGCCUGCUGGUGCCCCCUGGGGCGCCGGGUGCACAUGGACGAGACGGGGCUCACCAUCCUGCGCAUCCUCUCGCAGCGGGCCAACGACGAGGUGGCCAAGGAGUUCGUCCGACUCAAGUCCGAGUCCCGCGCGGCGGAGGAGGGGAGCUGAGCCCACCCGUCCCCCGCGCAUUGCGCCGCUCGUGCCAAUCCACGCACCACGCGCCCCCACGGCGCGCCCUCCUGCCUCCCGGGAGGAGCGCCCCCGGAGGCUGGGGGGCCCUGCAGGCCGUGGGGCUUGGCGGGGGAAGGCAGAGCCUCUGGGCGAGGCGGCGAGACCGCCGUGGGUCCCACGCCUACGCUGGGGUGGUCCCCGGGAGCUGGUGGGGUGCAGCUGGAGGUGUGGCCCUCGGGGAGGCUGGCAGCUCGCCUGAGCCCAGCUCAGCCCUCCAGGCCGGGGGCUGAGGGCGGGCCGGGGCCGGGGGUGCCUUGUCUCUGAUCCUGGCCCUUGGGGCCCCCGCUUGGCUCCCGCCCGUGGUGGGGGAGGGCAGGGCAGGGCAGGGCAGGGUGCCUGUUUGCGACCCAGAGCGUUGGUGGCCUGGGGCCGGCAGCAGCCUGCGGUCAGCCCGCUCGCCCAGAACUUGGCCACGGCUGGGCCGCCCGGCUCCACAGUUUGCGGCACGGCUCUGGGUGCCCUCAGGGCUGGCCUGCCGGAGCUUUGCCACCCCCACCGAGCAGGCGGGCCCCGGCCCACGAAUCCCCGUGGCCACCCCGGCACGGCCCUCCUGCGGGCCCUUUCUGGUGCCACACCAUCGUUGCCCUGGUGGGAGCGUCUCUUCUCCUCUGUGCUGCUCCCCCACUCCCCGCCCCCCCCAGCGUCGCUACUGGGCACACGGCGAGGAGGGUGGCCCCCGGAAACGACUUGCACUAGGCUGCAGGAGCCCCCGCCCGGCCGCCCAUGCCGAUCCUCGGCUGCUGGGUGGGUCGGCCCGGUCCAGUCCUCGCACAGCCCGUCCCGCCGCCGUCCCGGUGACGACCCGUUUUUCUACUCUCCUCCUGGCACCCGCGUGGCCACGAGUGCGGUGCCGCCUCGCCAUUCUUCCGCCUGCCCUCGGACUCCCCGUAGCGGCUGUCAGCGGACGUGACCUUGAAGUGGUCUCCAGAUCACGCAGAGCUUUAGCGACCCCUUUCCUCCUCGCUGUUCAAUGUGCCACCACUGCGGACGCGGCCUGUGUAGCCUCCAAUAAAGGGUCUCCCAGCAGCA